CGGGAACUGGGGCAAACAAACGCCAAUCAUCUUAUGGACUAGCAGCUUUCGAUUGCUUGCCUUUAUUAUCAUGGAAUCCCAAUGGAAUGAUUCCUUUGUGAGGUUAGAAGAUGGCGAGAGAAAGGGACAACAGUGUAAGUCUUUUUUCUUUAAAUAUGCCAUUCCUUUUGCUAUAUAUUUUCCAUUUGUUUUCGGUUUUCCCGCUUAGAUUCAGUUCAGUGUUUUCACAAAUAUACAGGGUAUUUAAUUAUUGCAGAGACGGAGCAAUUUCAGAUUGACUCAGCCGUUCAAGUACUGUAAUUCGGAAAAAUUGUCUUUGUUCAAAUGUCAAGCGUUAAUUCCUUGUGGCAACAUUUCACAAAAUAUGUUUUAUAAGGUAUUUGUUGUUCAUCACGCAGUCAAAGUAAUGGCAAGCUGCGCUGUUAUAGCUCAUUGAAUUUCAAAACGUUUUACAUCGCAGUAGCAUCUACGAAAUGUCGCAUUUUGCUAGUGAUUUUCACAUUUUUUUUGAAAGAAUGCAAACCGAACUCUUUUUUGUUCUAAACGAGUUUCAUGUUUCCACUGAUUGCAAAACGUUUCACUGUCAGAAGAUAGGUAACCACCGCUAAUAGACACUGGUCGUUGACUUUAUUUAGAUUCACAAUCAUGCAUGCUGUGUUUAUGAAAUGAAGCAUUUUCUUGUUUUAUUAUUUUCCAUAGGCUAGCACCAAGAUAGAACUAACCCUAGCACAAAGUGUUAAGAGACCCUAAGCCCUAAGCCCUAAGCCCUAAGCCCUAGCCCUAGCCUUAACCCUAAACCCUAGCACUAAAACGGUAACCCUAACAGUAAAUGCUAACCCUAGGCCAAGGGUUAGGGUUUGCUUUAAGGUCUAACACUAGCCGUGGGGUUAUGUUACCUUUACUGUAACUGUCAAGUUAUAGGCUCAUUUUUCUUUAAGGCCUAUGUUCAUCCAUUUAGUUUUGCGGCCCUGUAUUAUUGUUUUGAAGUCACCGUUGUCCUAAUGUUUCUUUCUUUUUUUCCAGAGGACAAAGUGCAAACCAGCUAAAAAAAAUGUACCGGGCUAUGCUCUUCUACUCAAUUGAAGACGACACGCAAAAAUUCGGGCGCUUUUGAACAAAAAAAUCAUUUUUCACCCAAAAAAGUCACUUACGUCGGUCUUGCACCAAGCCAUUCAAUUAUCGGCUGAUAGUUGCAACAUGGAAAUUUGAUGUUCUUGAAACAAAUAUUUGCCUGAGAAAUGAAGCUAUCCAUUCAGUAUGUAUGCUAUCCAUUCGCAGAAUCGUCUCUCUACAGAUGAACAAUAUGGUGUCAUGUGACCAAUUUAAACAAAUACGAAUCACAGAAAAUUUAGUGAAGUAUAAUGCAUUUUCUUAACUUAUGUUACUCUAAAUUCUAGGAUUCCUUUAAUCAAUGAAGGUAAUUUUUGCUUAGGGACCUAAGAUCUACCUAACCCAUUUAUAAUUAGUAAGCUUUAAAUGUGUUUUUCAGAGCUCAUGUCAAAUACAUCAGCACUCAGGCCCAAUGAAGGCAUCAAAAUGCCAUGUUCCGGGGUGUAAAACAAUGACUCCGAGAAAGGACAUGAGGACACUUCUAUAUGAUGCUGCCAAGUCUCACUAUGACUUACAGCAUGGCGAAAGACAGAGAUUGCUGGCAACGAUGAAAGCAAAGGUAAGGAGUCAAAUUGGCAUUAAUAGAUUGGAUCCACUGACAACCAGACAGUUGAGACAAAAUGGAUACACCUGGAGAGCAAUUUUGACCAAGGACCUGAAUUUGUUUCUCCAGCUGGCUAGUGCUACCUUUCCAGUCACAGUGGAGUUAUGGUGAGCAGAUCUUCCUAAAUAGUGUCAUUGUAAGCUGCUAGCAGUUAGAUUUAGUACUAGACUACAAGUAGUCUCUCUUUUUGCUCAAAAAUCCAUGGGGAAGAACACAAAACAAGUGAGCAUGUGAGCGUGAUAUAUGAGUGCCGAGCAGCACGCUCAUGUUAUUAUGCGUUCUUUCUUGCAUUCUUCCCCACGGAUUUUCAAGCAAAAGAGAGACUCCUCACAGUCUAGUCUAGUACAUGUACAUUACACUUGAUUUAGCCACAUUAGCCAAGAGUACUAGUGGGCAAGUUUCAUAUCUGUAUAAAUUUCAAAAUAGGGACUUCAAGAUAAGCUACGGUGAGCUGUUACUGUGGCUACUUUGGCCGCGAGGGACUAGGCUGACAACGCCGUUUUGUAUGCAAAACUCAAACAGAUUAAGAUUUUGCUGUACAGCAAUGACGUGUGUAGCCGCAACGUGCCUUAAAAGAAUUGCUCCGUUCAAGGACACCAGGGACUUAAUUCUACUUCUGUACGACAUAGGCUUGAUUAUUGACAAGGAUUUGCUUCUCCUAUAUCCAUUUUACAUCUCCCAGAACUUAUAUUUGCCUCUCAGCUGCUUUUAGAGCUGCCUGCAAAUGCAACCACAAAACAAAAUAACACCGUAUUUAAAGUUCAAUUUCAGCAUGGGUAGGUUGUCUGUAAAAGGUGAUAAGCUUAAAAAAUACAAAAACAAUGAUUUUAUCAUUUUGAACAUUAAUAAUUAAAUGUGUCGCUCAUGGUAGAUGUUUACAUCGUUCAAAUUAUCUUAGAACAGAUUUUAUGAUUGAGUACUUUAUCUCCUAACUAGACUGUUCAAACACUGAAAAAGCAAGAAAAUGCAAAGUGAACAGCAGGCUCAAACUCGUAUGAUGAAGGGUCACAGCAGAAGGCAAGGCCUAACUGGAACAUGCACUAUGACAUCACCAGAAGUGAUCUUUACUACUUGCCACCUUACUACAGCCUAGGUGAAGUGUGUAAGACGGUGUGUACAAAUUCUCUUACAUUUUGGUUGAAAAUAGUGAUCUGAAAAUAUUUAUGUAUAUAGUGAAGAUAUAAUGAACUAGUUUUCACACAUCAUCCACAUGGCAAGAACAAAGAGGCAUGAAAUAUAGCAGAAAUCAAAAAAAACAUUCGUCUCUUGAAAAUAAUUCUGGAGGUGGGAGUGGUGGGCUUUGUCUUUUAACUACUUAUUAAAAGACCUCCUAUACCGAAACGUUUCUCUGAGCACGCUCUCAGCCCAAAGUGUAAUCUUAGUGUUUCACUGUCUCCUCACUAUAAAAAAUCUUCCAUCAAAGAUGUUAAGCAUGGACCUGAGGUAUUUACCGAUUUAAGGCAAGCUUCAUCAGUAAGAGUAAUAAAUUGGCUUAAGAACCGUUCUUUACUGGCAAAUCCGCUCCACUGUGGAGGAUGCAACCAAGCCAUGACAAUGAUUGAAAGAUCAAAUGUCCACGUCAACGGAUACCAAUGGUAAGUAUAAAGAGAGGCUAUGUUAACUUUAGAGUUGUAUAAUUUAAACCAUAACUAAUCAGCAGGGCUGCAAGCACGCUAGAAUGCUGGGUGUUUCUAGUGAGAGUAUAAACGAUGCCUAAAGCACGAGCUACAGAAUGAUUAUUCGGGAAAGAAAAAGUCCAUAAGCAGUCUAAAGACAUGCAGAAUAUGUACUUAGUAUGUGCAAGCCUGCAUGCUUCUUCUUUCCCUGAAUGAUUUGAACUAGCGAAUAUACGUUGCCUGUUUGACGAAAUGUAAAAAAGAUUGCUUGGUAGCCUGCUGCACACAUGGCAGUAUCAUACGCUUCAUGUUUGCUCCCCUCAAGCUCUCCUUCUCAUUUGUGUCACCUACCAAGCUGGGUGGCAUGUCACGCAAGUUGGGUACACAUGUAUUAUAUGUUAAACCAUCAAUAUGGGUUUCAUUAUUCCAUUG